AUGACAACGAAUCAGGACAACGUAACACAUUGGUCCGUUGCCCAGAAUAUGAGACAGAUGCAGGUUACCGACGAUGCAUUCAUUGCUCGGGAUAUGCCGCGAUUCAAUCACCACCCGAAUAUCACCGUCUACUACACUGGCGGUGUGACAAUGAAUUUGACGGAACAUUUAGAGGACAUGCGUUUGACUUAUUCGACAACUGAUAUCACCAUACACAACCACGACUACAAGAUUCUUUUUGGAGAAGGUGACUGGACUGUUGCCUUGGCGGAAGUGUCUGGUCUCCAAAAUGGUCCACUUCCGAGUCUGAGCGGGACUCUGCUGCCGCCUACCAACAAGCAGUACAAGAUGGACCUCAUGACCGUUGCUCGAUGGAACAAUGGGGAUGAUGGAGGAGUUUCUCUGGUCUGA